AUGCUGCUCCUCAAACUUGUUUUCGCCUUCCUCGGCUUCCUCGCCCCGCUCGCCCACGCUGCCUUUGGCUACACCUCCGAUAGUACGCACUUCACAGUCGAUGCUAAUUCUGCUAAUCCCCUCAUCUUCAAGGUUGCAAAGGCCAAUGGCGACAUCACCUCCAUUCUCUACCGCGGCGUGCAGCUGCAGCAGCAGAGUCCUUACUCACACAUCAACUCUGGCCUCGGAACUGCCACUGUCUCAGCAAGCACCAUUGGCAGCUAUGUAAAGAUAACCGUUGUGGCUAGCGGACUUACCCAGUACUAUGUUGUGCGUGAUGGCGACUCGACCAUUUUCAUGGCGACAUAUGUCACAGCACACCCGUCAGUUGGCGAGUUGAGGUUCAUUGCUAGGCUCGAGAGCACAUAUCUCCCGUCAGCGGAGUACUUGGGCGCAGAUACGUCGAGCUCGACGAGUACGGUUGAGGGAAGUGAUGUGUUUAUCGUCAAUGGACAGACCCGAAGCAAAUUCUACUCGAGCGAGAGGUUCAUUGACGAUGAAGUUCACUGCAUCUACGGAACGGACGCAAAGGCCUGUAUGGUGAUCCCCGACCCAACCGCCUACGAGACCUCCGCCGGUGGUCCCUUCAUGCGUGACAUCAACUACAACAAUGGCGGCGACUACCACGCGCUCUACUGGUACAUGAACUCUGGCCAUGUGCGCACCGAAGACGCCCGUCUUGGUCUCCACGGCCCCUACGCACUUGUCUUCUCACGCUCCGGCGAGCCCUCAGGCUCUCUCGAUACCUCUUUCUUCAGCACCCUCGGCAUCAGCGGCUACGUGCCCACCGCCUCCCGUGGAUACGUUAGCGGAACCGCGACCGGAAUCCCCAGCGGUUUCCAGACGGUCCUACACUGGUACAACAGCGCCGCUCAGUACUGGACCUAUGCCUCGUCCUCGGGAACCUUCACCUCCCCACCAAUGAAGCCUGGCACCUACACCAUGGUCUUAUACAAGGACGAGCUCAAAGUUGCCACAAAGUCCGUUACCGUCUCUGCAGGCUCCACUACCGCCUCCGGCACCAUUGCCUCGACAGAAGGGACCCGCAGCACCGUCUGGCGUAUCGGCGAGUUUAACGGCCGCCCCACGGGCUUCCGCAACGCCGAUAACCAGCUCCGCAUGCACCCCACUGAUAGCCGCAUGGCAUCCUGGGGCCCGCUUACAUACACUGUUGGCAGCAGCGGCACGGACGCAUUCCCGAUGGCCCAGGUCGUGGCCGUCAACAACCCAACAACGAUCAAAUUCUCGACCACCAGUAUAAGCGGAACCUUUAUACUUAGGAUCGGGACAACCCUUGCAUUUGCCGGUGCCCGCCCGUCGAUCACGGUCAAUGGGUGGUCGAGCAGCACGCCGGCGGCGCCGACAAAGAUUGAUUCGAGAGGUUUGACAAGGGGCGCGUAUAGAGGAUACGGAGAAAGUUACGACUAUACCAUUCCUUCGGGAACUAUCGUGUCUGGAACUAACACAAUCACGAUCAAUGCCGUGUCGGGGAGCUCGGGAGAUAUGUUUUUGAGUCCCAACUUCAUUUAUGACGCGGUUGAACUUUUCAAGUCGUAG